GCACGUACAGAUGUCUAAAUGCAAUGUGAUGAAAAGUCAUACUUGAACUUCGACAUUAUGAUGCGAUUACGCGGGCGUCUUGUCGGUUUAUUCGAUCUCGUUUAUCAUCUGCCCUACUUUCACUCCUUGAAUUGGUCUGCCUAUUCAACCUCGUGUAUUUUGGGGAUCGAGACUAGUUGUGACGACACAUGUGCCGCCAUAAUUGACAAUAGCGGUAAUCUGAAGGCAGAAGAGGUUAUUUCUCAAACCUGCCUGAGCACUAUGCUUGGUGGCGUACUACCAACUGUUGCUCGUGAAAGACACGAACAGACAAUUCACUCGGUGGUGUCAUCAGUUUUAAACAAAUGUCGUUCUUGGAGGGAUAUUGAUGCUAUCGCUGUCACUGUGAAACCGGGAAUGCCGUUGUCACUCAAAGUCGGGGUAGCGUACGCAAAGGAGCUGGCAAAAAAUUACAAUAAACCCAUUAUACCAAUACACCAUAUGGAAGCUCAUGCGCUCAUCAGUAUGUUCACUCAUCCCAAUCUCCAGUUUCCUUUUCUCGCACUGUUGGUCAGUGGAGGUCAUGGGCUUUUGGCUCUGGUUCGGGAUUUAGAGGAUUUUUUACUGCUGGGCACUUCGUUAGAUGCACCACCAGGCGAUGUCCUUGAUAAACUUGCUCGGCGUCUAAAGCUGUUCCGUCUCGGUGAUCCCCGAUUGAAAGCUGCAAGCGGAGGCCGUGCAAUUGAACUGUUAGCCUCUGAUCUGACUGCUGCCCAUCCACUUUUCACCAUAACUCAUCCCCGUUCACAAGAUCGGGAUUGUGAUUUCUCCUUUAGUGGCAUACAUUUGGCUGCGGAGCAUACGAUAGAACUCCUUGAACGCGACGUAUCUCCUAGUUCUGAUCCUCACAUUUCUUCCGGUCUUUCACUCGAGUGUACCAUCGGCUUGUGUGCCUCCAUUCAGUACACCAUGACGCAAGUAAUCUGUCGCCGAGUGCAACGGGCAUUCGAGUUCCUCCGGUUGCAAACGAGCUCCAUUUUUCCAUGGCCAAACGCACUAAUAGUGUCCGGCGGAGUUGCCGCGAAUUCUUUUAUUCGCAACGGCUUGGCCGAAGUUAGUGCACACUAUCACGUCCCACUAUUGGCACCCCCCGAACGUUUGUGCACCGACAAUGGAGUUAUGAUUGCCUGGAAUGGGCUUUUGUUACGACGAGCUGGCUCGAGGAUAUUCACCGAUCCAUCGUUGGUCGAUUUUGUACCAAAUGCUUCUUUCGGGGUUGACUGCCGGGCAAUGGUGCGCGAGGCAGAUAUCAAAAUUCGACCCAUCAAAUUAUCCCAUUCACCUAUCAACCGUACUAUCACAGCCCUCACUGGUGCUUAACCAUUUCACUUUUUUUACUUGUUUGAUACUCAGAAGCAACGUUAUUAAAAUGAAAUUAUUAAAACUCGCGAAGUUCCUGUGUUUCACCAUAAUAACAGUCGCAUUGAGAAUGAAACACUCGUGUUCUCAAGCUUCUGCUUCAUUUGAAAAGCAUUCAGAAGUGUACAUCAGUUACAUGUUUCAAAGUGUAUGAUAGUUCCAA